UAUAAGAGUACCAGUUUCAAACUCUCCCCGUAGUUGACAAUGUUGUAUAGGAAGUUUCAUUCUUGAGCUCCACCUGCAAACACCCAGUGACCCAGAAAUGGAUUUUCAGUUCAGCUCAAAUGAAAACCGACCGCUAAUGAAACCAAACAGAAAAAGGCUCACCCAGGACCAGAUCAGGCUCUUGGAGACAAGCUUCAAUUCUAACCGGAAGCUCCAAGUAGACUGCAAACUCGAGCUUGCCCGCAGACUAGGCCUGCUGCCUAGACAGGUAACAAUUUGGUACCAAAAUAGACGAGCACGUGAGAAAAUCCAUACCAUAGAGCUCGACCACAAGACCAUCCAGCUAGAACUAGACAGUGUGUUGUUAGAAAAUAGAAGGCUUGAACAAGAAGUCUGCAUGCUGAAACAUGAGCUGAACAAGGUUCAACAGAUGCUAUCUGUAGCUAACCCAUCUAUCACUCUUCUGCCUUCGUCAACAUCUCAGACCAACUCAAGCUCCCCUGACAACAUGAUUUACAGUUGGGAAAAUUCAGGAGUGUUGCCAUUAGAGGAGCUAUAUUCUUGCCCAAUUAGCCGUGAAGGCCAGCCAGAGAAACAGGGCAGAAUUGAUCUUUCAGUCCAUUCUGUAAGAUUUUGAUGUAUAAAAUUAUACAUAAUUAAUUGUACUCGAAGUUAUUUGAAGUUUUUUUAACCGGAGUAGCUCU